AUGGAUACUAUUGAUGUUGCUGGUUCGAACUCCACUGCUUUUGACGCUAACAAACCCUUCCAUUUUGAGGGUUUACACUUCAAGCGUUGGAGGCAGAAAAUCGAGUUUUUUCUAACAAUGAAAAAGGUUGUUUCUGUUUUAACUAUGGAUAUGCCUAUUGUUGAUGAAUUUUCUCUUGAUGAGGAAAAAGAAAAACAGAAUGCUGAUUUGCAACAAUGGAUGACCAAUAAUUAUCUGUGCAAAAACUUUAUACUUAAUGCACUCAAUGAUGACCUGUAUGACUACUACAAUAAUGACAAAACUACCAAGGAGAUUUGGGAGGCACUGCAGAAAAAAUAUGACACUGAGGAGACUGUAAUAAAAAAAUAUGUUGUCAGUCACUAUCUCAAAUAUCAAAUGACGGAUGACAAAUCUGUCGAAGCGCAGUCCUAUGAGUUGCAGAAAAUUGCUCAUGAGAUCAUCUCUGAAGGUAUGGUUCUUGAUGAACAAUUUCAAGUUGUUGUUUUAAUUGAUAAGUUACCUCUUUUGUGGAAGGAUUUUAAGAACUCUCUCAGGCACAAAACUAAAGAAUUUUUGCUGGAAAGUUUGAUUACUCGCCUUCGAAUUGAGGAAGAGGCAAGAAAACAGGACCAGAGAGAUGAGGUGCUUGUUGUUUCAAACAACACUAGAAAGUUCGAUCCGGCGAAUCUGAAGCCAAAUGGCAAAAAAAUUAAGAAUCAGAAUCGCAACUCGAACUCGAACCAAAAUGUGAACUGUAACAAAAAUCAGAAUGGAAAUCCUCCAAGGAACCAUAAUGUGAGACAACAACCACCUGUCAGAAAUGACUUGCCAUAG